UGUGACGUCAUCGCGUACCGACGUCCAUAAUGGACUUGCAGCUGUUCAGUGACAAACAAUAACAAGAGCAGCGAGCGAACGGCAGCGGCUUCCGUGUCUGUAAUCGCACUGAUAUUAAGCCCGUGAGGCAUCUCGACUCUGACAUUGUCGGCGAGGAAACUCUGGCCUCCGCUGCCUCUUCCUCCGACUCGGAAACCGGCGGAGCUUCGCCGCCCCCGCGGAAGAAAAGCCGAGUCUCGGCGGCGGAGGGAGCAGGAGAGAGCGGGGCGUCUGCUGCCGGGAUCACGGGCCUCUCUGCGGCGUCUCUCCCAACCCCCCACCAGCACUCGGCCAUCCGUCUUAAUAACAGCUCGCAGUCGCGCAGAUCCGCCAGUGUAAACGCGUUUUAUAACAUGCAGGCCAACGGGACGGGAGGGCAGGAGCCGGAACCGCAGAUGUCCUGCCGGAACGGAGAGUCCUCGUCCUCCGUCGCGGGAGCGGUGCACUCCAACGGGCUGCUGUCCUCCGCUAAUAACGGGCUGCCGUCCACCGAGAGCCCGGCGCCUGACACCAGCAUGAAGAAGAAGAAGCGACUGUCUCAGAGCGACGAGGAUGUGAUCAGGCUCAUAGGACAACAUCUACACGGGCUGGGACUCAAUCAAACUGUGGACCUAUUAAUGCAGGAAUCGGGCUGUAGACUUGAGCAUCCUGCUGCUACCAAGUUCCGGAAUCAUGUGAUGGAGGGAGAGUGGGAAAAGGCUGAGAGUGACCUCAAUGAGCUGAAAGCACUGAUGCAUUCACCGAGCGCUGUGGUGCGGAUGAAGUUCCUGCUCCUGCAGCAGAAGUAUUUGGAGUAUCUGGAGGACGGGAAGGUUCUAGAAGCGCUGCAGGUUCUCAGAGCCGAGCUCACGCCCCUGAAGUACAACACUGAACGAAUCCACGUCCUCAGCGGGUACCUGAUGUGCAGUAAUUCUGAUGACCUGCGUGCUAAAGCUGAGUGGGAAGGGAAAGGGACGGCCUCACGAUCCAAACUCCUCGACAAGCUUCAGACAUACCUGCCCCCGUCUGUGAUGCUGCCGCCCCGCCGUCUGCAGACUCUGUUGCGUCAGGCAGUGGAGCUGCAGAGAGAUCGCUGUCUCUACCACAACACCAAACUGGACAGUGGACUGGACAAUGUGUCUCUGCUCAUAGACCACGUGUGCAGCAGGAAACAGUUCCCCUGCUACACCCAGCAAAUCUUGACAGAGCACUGCAAUGAAGUCUGGUUCUGCAAAUUCUCCAAUGACGGCACCAAAUUGGCCUCGGGGUCCAAAGACACAACAGUCAUCAUUUGGCAGGUUGACCCCGAAACUCAUCAGCUCAAGCAGCUGAAGACUUUGGAGGGUCAUGCCUAUGGGGUUUCCUAUCUGGCCUGGAGCCCUGAUGACACGUAUCUGAUAGCCUGCGGCCCAGAUGACUGCUCAGAGCUCUGGCUGUGGAACGUUCAGACAGGGGAACUGAGAACCAAAAUGAGCCAGUCCCAUGAGGACAGCCUGACCAGCGUGGCCUGGAAUCCAGACGGCAAGCGUUUUGUUACCGGAGGUCAGCGAGGCCAGUUCUACCAGUGUGAUCUGGAUGGGAACUUGCUGGACUCCUGGGAGGGUGUUCGUGUGCAGUGCCUGUGGUGUUUGAAUGACGGUCGAACAGUGCUGGCCUCUGAUACACACCAGCGUAUCCGUGGAUACAACUUUGAAGAUCUGACUGACAGGAACAUAGUUCAAGAGGACCACCCUGUAAUGUCCUUCACCGUGUCAAAGAAUGGAAGAUUAGCUCUGUUAAAUGUCGCAACUCAGGGAGUUCAUCUGUGGGACUUGCAGGACCGGGUAUUAGUCAGGAAGUACCAAGGUGUGACUCAGGGCUUCUACACCAUCCACUCCUGUUUUGGUGGCUACAACGAAGACUUUAUUGCGAGUGGCAGUGAAGACCACAAAGUUUACAUCUGGCACAAGCGCAGCGAGCUGCCCAUAGCUGAGCUGACGGGUCACACACGCACCGUUAACUGCGUGAGCUGGAACCCGGUGCUGCCGGGCCUGAUGGCCAGCGCCUCCGAUGACGGCACCGUAAGGGUCUGGGGUCCCGCCCCCUUUCUGGACUCCCAGGAGACCGAGGGCCUAACUGGUAUGAACCUCCUCAUCUGACUGGACAAUGCUCCUAGUUUGAUAAUGCUACAGCAUGGACAGUUGAUGUUGACUCUGGAGCAGAUGUCCACUUUGGAAAACAUACAGUGAGACACACUAUAGACUUUGUGAAUGAAAAAUGACAAAUGAAGUAAAUCUAACGGCAGAUGGAUGUUUUUUCCUGGCGGUUUCACAUCCCCCACCCGCAGCGCAGCGGAGACGCCGUUUCACUCGAACAACAUGAAGCCGUUGCGGCGCCUCGAAACGGACACGCCGAGGACACGCCCCUCCUCGGCUUAAGCCCCUCCUCCUCCUUUCUACACUGCAUCCUGAGUGGACGACUGCCUCCUGAACCCACAUGCGCGCACACACACACACAAACACGGACAAACAACGUUAUUUAUUACGGCUUUAAUUUAUUAUUGUGAAUGAAUCAAGGCCACAGGCUUGCUUUGUGUUCUGUACGAUGUUCACUUCAGCCAAGGGACAAAAAAAAAUGCUUUUCCGGCAUGUGCGAACUUCUCCGUGGUCUCAAAGACGCACGCGUUAACGGAGAGCAAACAAAUCAUAUCCUUGUUUUUCAGCAUGAACUUCUUUAAGCCACCUCGUAUGCUUGAAAGUAAGUGUCUUCACCAGCAGAGAUAUAAGAUAUCGUUUUCCUUUCCCUCUGAGACCCACGGCAUUUUUAAAUGACUGAAUUUACAGGCAUUUUUAACAGUUAGACAUUCGUUUCGAUUCGAAAAUUCCAGUCAUGACCCCGAUCCGCAGUUUUUUUUUUCAUUGCUUAUGGUACUUUAUUAUGCUCAUUUUGAGAGGGGGAAGGUUUUCUAGAGGUGAUGGAUUAUUAAUCUUUAUUCUUGAGAUGAGCCGACGUGGAAAGAUGGUUAUUUUUUGGUAACGGGGUUGAAAACGCACCUGCGACCCAUGUAGGCUUGCUAUAGUCGUCUUGCUAAUGACACACAAAUGAGCUGAUGUCACGUUCCACAUGUAAAUAUCAGCCUGCAGCGUGCAAACUUUGACUUCGUAGGUGUUUGUGACUUGGUCCAGGUCAUUUUUGCAGUGAAAGUACAGGCUGUUGGUGUGAGAGGAGUGAUUUUGUGACGGUAAGUACGACUGCAUGUUGAACGAACGGACUCUCAAAUAUGUUUGUUUCCAUCAUGUUCGUUGCGUCAUAUUCUCCUCUUGGGUCUCGUUUCCUCUUUCAUAUUAUCACAUCUGGACUUUUUAUGUUUUUUUUAACGCUUUUCUGGACAUGUAUACGAUUAUUCAUCAGCUAUGAUUUUCUUAGUUUUAUUGCUUUUAUUUUGGGUUGAUUUAUAAUUUGUUUGGCUUUUUUCCCUCAUAUUAUCAUAUAAAGGAUGUCUUGGCAAGUGGCCUCUUAAAUGCUUUUUUCUAUUUGUGAAUUUCUUAUACUUUCGUACCAUAUUACGCAUUAGUACACGCAGGUGUACCCUGAAAUAAUUUAGGUAUUCAUCAGUCGAGCGAAAGAAACUUUGCCUACUAUGAUUUAUUCUGUAAUUAUGUGCUCUUCAUAUACAUAUAUAUGAAGAAUCUAUAGAAUAUAAAUAUAUAUAUAUAUAUAAAACAUACGUGUGUGUAUUUCUUGCCAUGUAUCCUCCCUUACAAAUGUUAACCGUUUCUCACCUGCAUCAGGUAAACUCCUUGUACAGGUUAUUCGUACCCUGACCAGCCAGACCUGUUCCGUUAGCGAGGAUUGACGUGCACAAGCGAAAAGAAAGAACAGGUGCAUGCAGAAACACCCUCACACGUGUGGAGAUAUCACAGAAUCGUGGUGUUGUACGUUCUGGUUUAUGCAACUGAACUUUCCUUUUCUUCUGGAUAUUUGUGUUUCAUUUCAGUCUUAGUUUGACUUUAUGUGCUUGAGCCGGCGGGGCAACGGUAGCGCCCUGGGUGGAGUUCUGGUGGAGACUUAAGUUUAUUGCAGUCAGGAUCUGAGGAUCUGUUUUGCAUUUCAGUGUGUUAUUAUUCUAAGUGAUUGUACUAUUAUGUAAUGUUCUGUAGGAGAGGUGUUAUGUAUACAUACUUUCAAUAAAGCAUUCAGGGUUUUAAACUA